AUGACAGAAAACAAAUUCAAUGUUCUAUUUGCUCCCUUUCAGCUGUCUCGACACGUGAACAGCUGCACUGCGCCGGUUCAGGUGUUGAACGGUUGGCGGGUGGCUGUGCGGUCGGUGGUUCAUUACAACAUCUCUGUUUAUAAAAUGAGUUCUCAGAAGCCUGCAUUGGGCGAGUUUACGGGUUGUUCUUUGUUGAUGCUGAUUUCGGGUUCGUUGCCCCUUCUGAAGGUGGAGGGUUUGGACUUCCCUGCUGCUCUGUCCCUAACCUACGGCUCGCUGCUGCUGUUGAUGCGCGACGCGCAUGUAAAGACGCUUAAUCCUGCUUUGACCCUAGUGGAUGUGCUACGGAAUCAGGUGGAGACUGGAGCAGGUUUGAUGCUGAUUCUUUGCCAGUUCGCUGGCGCAGCUGUUGGAGCGUUUGGCUUGUCGGUGUUGGUAGGGAGUUCUUCUCAGUCCUUUCCCGCUUCCGUUGGUGCACCGCCGACAGGACAGCUGAUGGUUAUUCAGCUGGUGUUUGGCGCUGCUCUCGCUUUUGCAUACAUCCGCGGGGGCGAAGGCGGCAAGUACGAUGGCCCUUGGCUGGGGGCUCUUAUGUAUGGUUCCUUCGUCUUAGGCGGGGAAGCUACUGCUUUCUUGAACCCUGCAGUUGCCUUGGGUGCUAAUGUAUGCAGAGGUAUCUCAGGCAUGUCUACCAACGAGGCGACAUUGGCUACAUUGGUGUUCUUGCCGCUGUUAGCAGCAGGGCUUGCGUUUUUGCUAGAUCGUGUCUCGGAGCAGCACCUCCAGAUGUCGGAGCUUGUGGGCUGCUUCUUCCUCAGUUUCGGCUUGCUAGCAGCAGCGGCCAAAGGCAGCACAUCAGCAGCAGCAGGGCCUGCAGCAGUUGGAUUCGCCUUCUAUGCUGCAGCGAUCGUGCGCAUGGCUUCUCCGGCCUCUGGGGGUUCUCUCAAUCCUGCCGUUACGGGAGGCGCUCUCUUGAGUGAAAGUCGCAGCAUAUCCAAAGAUGUCGCCACCGUGUGGCUGUUUCAGCUGUGUGGCGCGGCGGCAGCAGCACUGCUGUUGGGCCGUGUAGGAACAGCAGCAGGUGCUGCUGCCCCUGCUGCAGCAGCUUCUAUAGCAGGCGACUGGCAAGCAACAGCCCUGUCUUUGGGGGUGAGUGCGCUGCUUAUGAUCGCCUACUGUACCGACUUUGGCGAUUUCUUUGGUUCUCCAGCUGCUGCUUUUAUUGGCGCAGUUUACGGAUUGUCUCUGAUGGCCUCUAAAGCUCCCCUUCCAAUCAACCCAGCGGUCACACUUGGUGCUGCUGCAGCUGUUCUCUUUAAAGAAGCAGCUGCUCUUAACCUCCUUGAAAUGCUGGCUGAGGUCGCACUUCCUUUCGGGGGCUGUAUCUGCGGCGCUGCGCUUCUUCGGCUUAUUCCGUCUGAAUACAAAAGGAGGCUAUAA